AUGAAAUUUAGCUGCAUUUACGAAUAUGGUUGGGCAUUCAGAUUUAACAAAGGAUUUAUGAGAUAAAUUCGGAGAAACACUUUAUAUACCUAGAGUCAAAAAUAAAUCCACAACUUUGGAGUAACAGGCUUAGUUUUGAAGUUCCAAGAGUUCUUGAAGAGGGUAAUGAAUCAUCAGAUUAAUCUUCACAUCAAGGCAUCUUAGUUAGGUGAUAGGCUACAUGGACCUAAUUAUCAGAUGAUUUAGGAUAGAAUUGACAUUUUUGAUUUCCCAAAGAGACUUAAAAUUAAAACUUCUUCUAAAUUCCUGAAGCCUGAGUAAAGUCUGCAAACUAAAAACCUGUUGAAGGCAUAAAUUGCGUUUGGUUACUCAAAGAAACUUCUUUAACAGAAACUUAAAUAAGAUAUUUUCCAUUAGGAUUAGAAUUUACACGACAAGGAUUUGAUAGAUAGGAAUCUUGGGAAUCUGUCCAUAUCUUAUAGCACUAUCAAGUUAGAUCUGAAUACAUUAAAUACAUCUCAAGAGACCAUUAGAAUGGAGCCUAAAAAGUCAAAGUUUUGUAGAACAUAGAGAAACUCACUUGUUAAUAAAAACUCUUCAUUCUUCUAAAGUCGUAAGAGUUCUCAAGUAUCAAGCAAUGUGAUUUCUCUUAAAAAUAGAAACUUUGGUUUUGAAGGUCUUAGCUCUAUAGAAAGUCAAGAAAUGAAGCCGAUUCAGAUCAAGAAUAUUGAUUUUAAGAUAGACAAGAGGUCUAAGGAUGGUGCAUCACUGAACUUAAAUAAGAGGUCUUAGAGACUCAGUAGCAAGUUAAGCCCAUUGGGAGUGGAUGAAAGUUAGACUCGUGGAAUCCGAGACUCAAGUGAAAGGAAAAAGUAAUUAAAUAAUCUCUAUACUAAUAAGGUUGAAUCAUCACGACUCAAGAGACAGUAUGAGUAGUCCUCAAUGCAAUCUUUAUACUCUCAGAGAAUUGGCUCAAAUGAAUCGCAAGCUAUAAGGUCUAUUAAAAGAUCCACCGAAAUGAGACAGAGCAAGGAACUAUAGAGCAGAAGAAUAAUACUUUCCAUCAGAGUAAAGCGAAAGGACAAACAGAAUGCAGAGUCUCUUCUAAAGAAUUACAGAACAUCAGAAAUUGAGAGAGAGUUCCAAUACAACAAGUCAGAUAAACAAAAAAUGAAUCAAACCACAAGCACCAGGAUAAGAGUCUACACUUCCAGGGGUAGUGGAAAACAUGAGAAAACCAAUACUGAACUAUGA